AUGGGGUCUUCUCAUGCUCUUCGGGACAACGUUCCCAUAGCUGUGGUUGGGUUAGCCUGUCGUCUUCCCGGUGACGCCACCUGCCCGACUGAAUACUGGAGCCUUUUGAAAGAAGGAAGAGAUGCCUACUCAACCGAUACAGACCGCUACAACACGUCAGCUUUCUACCAUGCCAACCCCAAAGACCGGCAAAAUGUGCUGCCGACCAAGGGCGGGCACUUCCUCAAAGAAGACCCCUACGCGUUCGACACAUCUUUCUUCAAGCUUACGGCGGCCGAGGCGGCUGUUCUAGACCCCAAGCAGCGCAUCUUGCUCGAGGUGACGUAUGAGGCCCUCGAGAACGCCGGCCUACCGCUGCCCCGGGUGGCGGGCACGCGCACUGCAUGCAUCAUCGGCACAGCAUGGAGCGACUACCGCGACGCCCUCGUGCGCGACUUCGAGCAAUGGCCGCGCCUCUAUCUGAUGGGCGUCAGCGACGAGAUGGUCAGCAACCGGCUGUCGCAUUAUUUCGACCUGCGCGGCCCCAGCCUGACGGUCGAGACGGCCUGCUCGUCCAGUCUCGUGGCCAUUCACCAAGCGUGCGAGAGCUUGCGGUCUGGUCAAGCAGAGAUGGCCGUGGCGGGCGGAAUCAACAUGAUACUCGGACCCGAGGCCACCAUGGAACUCAACAGCCUGGGAGUUCUUAAUCCGGACGGACGAUCACUCUCCUUUGACGAGGGAGCGAACGGUUACGGGCGUGCCGAGGGCUGCGGCAUCGUCGUCCUCAAGCCGUUGGAUCAGGCCGUCCGCGACGGGGACCACAUCCGUGCCGUCAUCCGCGGGAGCGGUGUCAACUCGGACGGCUGGACCAAGACCAUCUCAACGCCGUCCGGCCAGGCACAGGCCGACCUGAUUCGACAGGUCUACGAGUCGAACGGGCUGGACUAUGACUCGACCCAGUACGUCGAGGCUCACGGGACCGGCACUAAAGUCGGAGACCCCAUCGAGCUGGGGGCGAUCCACGACACGAUCGGCCGUAACGCGAGCCAGUCUCGCAAGCUGUACGUGGGCAGCGUGAAGGCGAACAUCGGCCACCUCGAGCCCGCCGCGGGCGUGGCGGGCUUCAUCAAGGGCGUGCUGUCGCUGGAGCACGGCAUGAUCCCGCCCAACGUCCACUUUCACAAGGCCAACUCUCGCAUUCCCUUUGACAAGUGGAACAUGGUGGUCCCGACCUCGUUGACGCCCUGGCCGGCGGCCGAGACCAAGCGCAUGAGCGUCAGCAGCUUCGGCAUGGGCGGCACCAACGCCCACGUCGUCCUCGAGGAAUACCAGAAGCCGGCAAAGCUACUGACGAAUGGGCACAGUAGCCAUGAUCUUGAUACCCCUAGCAGUGGCGUCGUUGUCGACAAGAAGAGACUAUUUGUCUUCAGCAGUCACGACCAGGCGGGCAUCAAGCGCGUCUCCGACACACUCCUGCGGCACCUUGCCAACGUCCGGCGCGAAAACCCGACGUGGACGCCCGAGAAGGGCGAGCCCGAGUACCUGGCCAACCUCGCGCACACGCUCAGCACCGCUCGCUCCAGCCUGGGAUGGAAGGCUAGCUGCGUGGCGAGCAGCCUGUCGCAGCUGGAGGCCCAUCUCGCGGCCGCUCCCGCUGAGGAGGCGUGGAAGAUCUCACGCGCCUCCUCCUCCUCCUCCUCUGCUUCCGAAUCAAAACAAAUACGCAUCGGCUUUGUCUUCACGGGUCAGGGUGCCCAGUGGGCCGGCAUGGGCAUCGAGCUCCUCGCGCGGCCCGUGUUUCGGGACUCGGUCGCCCGGUCGACUGCCAUCCUCAAAAGCCUCGGCUGCACCUGGGAUCCCGUGGCUGAGCUGUCCAAGACAGGCAAGGAAUCCCGACUAGGUAAACCCGAGAUCAGCCAGCCUGUCUGCAGCGUACUCCAGAUCGCCCUCGUCGACGAGAUCCGGUCGUGGGGCUCUCCGGGCCUCAGCAAGCCGGCCAAGGUCGUCGGCCACUCGAGUGGCGAGAUCGCGGCGGCGUACUGCAUGGGAGCCCUCACGCAUCGGGACGCCCUCGUGGUGGCCUACUCGCGCGGCACGGCUUCGGCCUUGCUGCCGACGGUGGCGCCACACUUGAACGGCGCCAUGAUGGCGGCGGGAUGCUCCCGCGAGACGGCUGACGACCUCAUCGAGAAGCUUGGGCUGGCCGGUCAGGUCGGUGUCGGCUGCGUCAACUCCCCGUCAAGCAUCACCCUCUCCGGAGACUCGACGGCGAUAGAUGCCAUGGCGGCUGCGCUCGAGGAACAGAAGAUCUUUUGCCGGCGGCUCAAGGUCCAGGUGGCCUACCACUCGUCACACGUGGCGGCCGUAUCCGGCGAAUACUACCAGGCCAUGGAGGGCGUCGAGCCCGUUCCCGUUGUGUCUGCGGAUGAAGAUAAUGGUGAUGAUAGUGGCGCUCCCCGUCCCCGCAUGAUCUCUAGCGUGCUGGGCGACGAGGUGUCUUAUGAGCAGCUGGGCCCCUUCUACUGGCUGCAGAACUUCCUGUCUCCCGUGCUGUUCUCCGACGCCUUAAAAAACCUCGUCCAGCCGGAAGGAAAGACGGAACCUGAGAUCGACUUGCUUGUCGAGAUCGGACCGCAUAGUACCCUGGGCGGUCCCAUCGAGCAGAUCCUGUCACAUUACGGCGUGAAAGAUGUCGCAUACCAGUCCCUUCUUCGACGCGGCGCUGACGCGGUCGAGACGAGCCUGCGGUUGGCCCAAGAACUAUGCCACCAGGGCAUCCCGCUAGACUUGGCCAAGGUCAACGGCGAUGUGCCGUCGGUCGACCUGCUGACGGACCUGCCCCCGUAUCCCUGGAUGCACGACAAUAAGUACAACGCCUAUCCACGGGUACAGAGGGAACGCUGGUUUCGGAAUCAGCCCGCCAGGGGCCUCUUGGGGGCUCCGACCCCGGUCAUGCAGGAGAAGCAGCACGUGUGGCGCGGCUUCAUCCGGCUGGACGACGAGCCAUGGCUCGCCGGGCACAAGGUCGGCGACACGGUCGUCUUCCCCGCGGCCGGCAUGAUCAGCAUGGUGCUCGAGGCGGUGCAGCAGCUCGCCGAGCCGGGCAAAACCAUCAACGCUCUGCGUCUGCGAGACGUGUCGGUCAUGGCUGCCCUGUCGAUUCUCGAAGGCGUAGCUACCGAGACGGUCGUCACUAUCUCGCAUGGGUCCGGUUCGUCGGGCCAAGGAGGACCCUGGUGGGACUUCACCCUAUCGUCAGCCAACACCAGCUCCAGCCAGCUGCGGGAUAACUGCCGCGGUCUCAUAGCCAUCGAUUACGCGGCCGGCAAGAGCGAGCACAUGGCACGCGAAGAGGCGCAUGUUGUCACUCAACGGGCGGCACAGUACCGCGAGGCCGUGCAGGAGCUCCGCGAGCCCAUCGCCAAGGACGACUUCUACGAGCAGAUUGCGCAGGGCACCGGCUUCAAAUACGGUGAGCUGUUCCAGGGCGUAGAGGACCUGCUCGUGGGGCCCGGCAAGACGCACUUCCGGCUGCGCGUCACCGACAUCGGCAAAACGUUCAGCCAGGGGCAAAUGGGGCCGGAUACGGAGACGGAACCGGAACCGGAGCCGAAAGCGGGGCCGAAAACGAGACCGGACAAUGGCACGCAGCACCGCCGGCCCUUUUUGAUCCACGCGGCCACGCUCGACGCCAUCUUCCAGUGCUGGGUGGGCGCUACGUAUCGCAACGGCGGGCUGGGCCUGAAGCCAUUCGCGCCCACACGUCUCGGCGCCAUGGAGAUCCGGAUGGAUGUGCCCGGUGCGCCGGACGAGAUCAUGGUCGGAUACAGCACCAACAAGCGCCACGGGUUCCACGAGCAGACCAACGACAUGUUCCUGUUCGACGCGGCGCUCGAAAAGAUGUACAUCGCGAUCCAGGACUUCCGCAUCGCGGAACUCGACGUUGCGGGAGGCGGCGCCGAGCAGGACGAGCAGCGAGAGGGCAGCGCCGAUACCGUUCUCGACGGGCCCGGCGGCGCGUCCGUCACGGCCGAGGUGCGAUGGGACUAUUCAGUUGGUUUGCUUGACGAGGCAGAAAUGGCCAAGGUGGUGGCGGUAGCGCAGACUCGGCCCGAAGACAGCAUGGCUAAGCUGGUCAGCAUGUUGCUCCAUGAGAAGCCCUCGGCGGCGGUCGUCGAGCUCGUACAGGACCACAAGGCUCUGCACAAGGACCAAGGCGAGUUCGCCGUAAACAGCGUUCUUGCCAACGCCACUAAGAUGCUGCCGAAAGGCGCAGUGCCGCCCUCCAACGUCCGCUAUGCGCUGGUGAGCGACGCGUCCGCAGGUGUCGGUGUCGGUGCCAAUGCUGAAGGGGACAAGACCGUGGCUGCUGCUGUAGUGCUUGGUGAACCACUGGGAUUGCAACAACAACAACAACAACAACAACAACAACAACAACAGACCGCUCAAGAAGACGCCUUGUCUGUGGAUAUCUUGGUCGUUCCGUCGCAGGUCUCCCAACACCUGACGAGUGAUGAAAAUCCUGUCCUGGAUUCUUUGGUUCGCCUGGCCAAGCCGAAUGCAGCACUCGUCAUCGCCAUCAACGGUCGUCAGGCUUACGCAGCAGCAGCAUCUUCGCUCCAGUCCAAGGGAUGGCGAGUCGAUUCGACAGUGUUUGCAGGUGGCGCUGGAGAUGGCCAUGAUGCGGUCGUAGCCGUGUUAAGACAUUGCCCAGACCCAGACUCGGCACAGCAGCAAAACGGCGAGAUAAUUCAAGCCCACGACUUCGUCCUCGUCGUACCACCUACACCUUCACCUGCCACCCAAUCCUUCUCCAAGAUAUUGCAAGAAGAGCUGGUUUCUCAAGGGAAUAACGUCGUCGUGAGGAGCUGGGAUACAAUCGCCGGUUCCGAGUCCGAACCCAGCGUGGCCGGUCAAGCGUCCGGCGGCAAGUCGUCUCCCGCCAUCGUCGUGUCUCUCUUGGAGCUCGAGCAGCCCAUGCUAGCGGACCUUUCCGAGGAUGAUUUUCAUGCACUCCGAGGCCUGAUCUUGAAGAGCGAGCGGAUCCUAUGGGUCACUGGCGGCGGCAAUGACAAUGACCCAUCCUUCUACAUCGUUGACGGGCUCGCACGAACCAUCUCCAACGAGACGGCCAGUCUGCGGUUCCAAACGCUUCAUCUCAGCAGCCCGUUGUCAUCGACUUCGUCUCCGUCACUCGUCACUAGGAUCCUCUCAAGCGAUACGCCGGACAACGAGUUCCGCGAGGUCAAGGGCCUGCUGCAGACAGCCCGUAUAUACAAGAGCGCAGCAGGUGAGCGGCGCAUCGCCCGCCACCUCAAGGACGCUACGCGCAUCGUACCCCUGGCCCAAGAAAAGUCACCCGUCCGCCUGGCCAUCGGCCGUCCCGGGCUGCUGGACACGCUGCACUUUGUCAAGGAUGAGCGGACACUCGAGCCGCUCGCCGACACGGAUGUCGAGAUCAGCGUGCGCGCCUCGAGCAUCAACUUCAAAGACAUCAUGGGUGCCAUGGGGCUAGUACCGGUGCCGAUGCUGGGCCUGGAAGCCAGCGGCAUCGUCGUCCGGACCGGCGCCGCAGUCACCAAUGUCAAGGCCGGCGACCGUGUGGCGGCCCACGCCUACGGAAGCCAUGCCACCACCGUCCGGACUCACCACGCCGUCGUCCAUAAGCUGCCCGACUCCAUCACUUUCGAACAGGGCGCCGCCAUCAACCUGGUGCACGUUACGGCGUACUACGCGCUCGUCCGGCUGGCCAAGCUGCGCAAGGGCCAGUCGGUUCUGAUCCACGCCGCGGCCGGCGGUGUCGGACAGGCCGCCAUCCAGCUGGCCACGUACCUGGGUCUGGUCAUCUAUGUGACCGUCGGCUCCGAGAGCAAGCGGCAGCUCAUGCGGGAGCGCUUCGGGAUCCCCGAGGCGCACAUCUUCUACUCGCGCGACCUCAGUUUCGUCAAGGGCGUCGAGCGCAUCACUCGGGGGCGCGGCGUCGACUGCAUCCUCAACUCGCUCGCCGACGAGCUGCUGCGGGCUUCGUGGGACUCGGGCUGUCUCGCGCCCUUUGGCACCUUUGUCGAGAUCGGUCUGCGUGACAUUACCAACAACUCGCCGCUCGACAUGCGUCCCUUUGUUAAGAACGCAACGUUUGCCUUCUGCGACAUCCUCAACUACCCACUCGAGGAUCUCGGUGCCGUCCUCGGCGAGGUCUACAGCCUCGUCGAGCAGGGCCACCUCUCGCCCGCCCACCCGCUAAAGGCGUACCGCCCUGGCCAGGUCGAGGAGGUCUUCCGCGUCAUGCAGCAGGGCAAACACACCGGCAAGGCCGUCCUCACCUUCAACACGCCGGGCGAGUCCGACGACGACACGCGCGCCCCCGUGUUCCAGCGCGCUGCCGACCUGUUCCGCCUCGACCCGGAGGCCACAUACCUCCUGGUCGGUGGCAUGGGCGGCCUCGGUCGCAGUCUAGCCCGGAACUUUGCCGCCGCCGGUGCCCGCCACAUCGCCUUCCUUUCGCGCUCCGGUGACGCCUCGGCCGAGGCGCGGACGCUGCUGGCCGAGCUGACCGCGCGCUGGGGCGUCACGGCGCGCGCAUAUGCGGCCGACGCGGCCGAUGAGGCCUCGCUGCGCGCUGCUAUGGCGGUAUGCGAGCGUGAGAUGCCGCCCGUACGGGGCGUCGUGCAGCUGGCCAUGGUGCUCCGCGACGUGGUUUUCGAGAAGAUGGCACACGCGCAGUGGGCGCAGCCGCUGCGGCCCAAAGUGGCCGGGUCGCGUAACCUGCACGAGUACUUUGGCGCCGACCGGCCUCUCGACUUCUUCGUCAUGUGUUCGUCCGUGUCGGGCGUCGUAGGCAACCCGGGCCAGGCGGCGUACGCGGCCGGGAACACGUACCAAGACGCGCUGGCGGCGUACCGGCGGAAGCGGGGGCUCAAGGCCGUGGCGGUCGACCUGGGCGUCAUGCGAGACGUCGGCGUGCUCGCCGAGGGGAACGCCGAGAGCGGCGUGCUGGGCCAGUGGGAGGAGGCUGUUGGCAUCCCCGAGCCCACCUUUCACGCUCUCGUCAAGAGCGUGGUUCAUGGCCAGAUUCAGGACCAGGACUCGGAGGAAGCAGUCCCUGAGGAGGUGGUCACCGGCCUGGGCACUGCCGAUGUCUGGGCCGCCCACCGGCUCCCUCCGCCGUUCUACUUCGCCGACCCGCGCUUCGGCCCUAUGGCCAUGACCACGACCACGGCCUCCUCGUCAGAAGGCGCCGGCGCCGAGACGAACACGGUCUCGCUACCCUCACAGCUCGCGGCUGUGUCCUCGAUGCAGCAGGCGGCCGAGAUCGUGACCGAGGCGCUGGUGAAGCGGACGGCCGACAUCCUCCAGAUGCCGGCAUCCGAGGUGGAUCCAAAGCAGCCGCUGUACCGUUACGGCGUCGACUCGCUGACCGCCAUCGAGGUGCGCAACUGGAUCACGCGCGAGCUCAAGGCCAACAUGGCGCUGCUGGAGAUCGUGUCAGCCGUGCCGAUCCGCGAGUUCGCGGCUAAGAUUGCCGAGAAGAGCCAGCUGGUCAAGGUUACAGCGUAG